AUGUUUUCGUAUACUCUUGGUGUUAACAGUUUCAGUUUGCCACAUCUACCUGGGGAAAUUUGGAGUAAAAUUCUGAGGUUACUGGACAAUGAAGAUCUCUUGACAGCAUUCGAAACGUCCAAAAUUUGGACAGCUAUAUGUUUGGCGGAUCCAAUUUUGAGAGUUUCCAUCCAAGUAGCCACGAAAAAACGAAAAGAAGAGCUUCUAAGAAUGAUUCUUGAUCCGAAGCUUGAUAUGUCAAUAUGCAGGACAGGUACUGCUUCAGCUUCAUCAAUUUUUCAAGGAAAUGUCGGAAAAGUAGUGAGAAGAGAAGUUUUCAAUCGUUCAGUCAGUCAGAAUCCAGACGAACUUUUAAUUGGAAAUAAAUUGAGGAAAUUCUGGAGCAAUGCAAUUGUGAAAAAUAAGAAUGGCAUUGUUAAAGCAAAAUAUAAGGCGAAAUCUUUUAGGAAAUAUCAUCAGUUGGAAAACAAUGGUUUGAAAGUUGCCCGAAGUAAAUUAAGAAUAUAAGCUGUUUGUUUUUUUCGUGUUUCAUUAAAUUUUAGAAUUUAGGGGAUUUAAUAUAGGGG